AUGGCCUAUGAUUUUGAAUCUGAAAACAAGGGAACUGAUACAUUUUCACUUAUGAAAUGAGGUUUUGUGUUAAAGUUCUUAUUUCCAAAGAACCACGUGUAUGACCAUUCUUACUGGAAAUUCCACAAAUCCUUGCUUCCCCAGCUCAUCUGCUGAUUUGGGAGCAACCAAUAGCCAAAAUUGCAUUUGGGCGUCCUUUUGGCCAUUAGUUUACAACCAAUGUAUUGUGGGAAGGGGUUUGGUUGUGGCAUUGUUCUGCUGGCAAAGGAACAAAGAGAAAGCAAAUGCAACUCCCACAAUCUUGAAUUAUUUAAAAAGCAGCAAAUGCCUCCCACCAAGAUCCAAGUCACCCAUUACAUAUUUUUGAGCCCUCUAUAGAUAGCACAUCCAUCAUUGCAAUGUGACUUUCUAGCUAUUGAGUGACACUGCUCAGUGUUUCAGCCUAAUUGGUUGGUUUAAAAAAAGACCCAAAAACAAAACUGCCUGUGAACUCAGAAACAAACCAGCUGUACUAGGUAUAGUCUAAGCCAAUUGUAUAUAGGACUGCAGCCUUCACUUUCUAAUGAAUCCAACUUCAUUAUAAAAUAAUAGUUCUAUAAAAAAGAAUACACUUUUGUUUUCAGAUGGCUCAUGCCUCUGCUAUAGCAGGCGCAGCCCAAAUAUAGAGAAAAGGGAAUGCCUGUACAUCUUUAAUUGCUGUCACAAUAACCUCUUAAACUUUGCAAGAAAGCUAACAAGGCAAAGUCACUUUUGAGUUCCCAAGGAAUAGUGGUAGGUAGGUUGCUCAAUUAUUCUGAGAACAAUCAGGUUGUAAGGAGAGGUUAAGACUAUUAAGAGAAGCCCCUGAGGUGUUGAGGAUGUUUCUAUCACAUAUGUGGUCCAUUUUGACCUACUAUUAUAGAAUAUAAUAAUUGUGUGUAAUUAGAGAUGCCGAAUCUCAACUCCCAAAUCAAGGUUGCCUCGGUUUUUAUUGUCUGCUACAGCAUACUUGUCACCCCGUCGCUCAGACUUCAUGUGAACAAAUGGCAAAUGCUGAAGUAAGCAUUCCUGUAGGAGAUGUCGUUGUUGUGCCAACUGAAGGAACGGAGGGGGGAAACCCAGAAGAUACCAAAACCCAGGUUAUAUUACAACUACAGCCGGUGCAGCAAGGCAGAAUUUAUCAAGAGGGCUCUGAAACUAAUGCGGCCGUGAUGGCCGUAGAAACGCAUACCAUACACAAACUUGAAGAUGGCAUCGAUGCCAGUGCCCUUGAAAGCAAUGAGGAAAUUGAGAUUGCCUACCCCAUUACCUGUGGAGAUAGCAAGGCCAUCUUGCUCUGGAAGAAAUUUGUGUGCCCAGGAAUCAAUGUCAAAUGUGUUAAGUUCAAUGACCAGCUUAUCAGCCCCAAGCACUUUGUUCACCUGGCUGGCAAGUCCACCCUGAAGGACUGGAAGCGAGCCAUCCGCCUAGGAGGAAUCAUGCUGAGAACAUUAGUCAAUAUCUGUGAAUGUCUUCCUGUAGAUGCUGCUGUUCUAAAUAAUGUCGCUCACACUUUUGGCCUGAUGGACACAGUGAAAAGAGUGCUGGAUAACAGGAAGAGUCAAACAGAUCAGGGAGAGGAGCAAUUUCUUAACACUCUUGAAGCACUAGAUCACCAACUAGAAGAGCAGAAGAAGUUUGCCAGGAGCCCAUCCAUUCAGAAUGUGGUCCUGAUGCCAGUCAACACUCCAAAGCCUCCCAAAAGGCCCCGGUUGAAACGUCCAGCUUCAGCCACAGUUCUAAGCCCCUCGGCUCCCAUCCAGCAACCUCAAUUCACCGUCAUCUCGCCCAUCACUAUCGCACCCAUGGGACAGCAGUUUUCCCUUAGCAACAUUCCAAUGGCCACAAUCAGCCAGGGCUCCAGCCCAGUGACUGUCCACACAUUGCCCUCAGGUUCCCAGCUCUUCCGCUAUGCCACCGUGGUUUCUUCCUCCAAAACCAGCACGUCUGAUACAGUGACACUUCACCCCUCCUCAAGCUUAGCCCUGCUGAGCUCAGCAGCGAUGCAGGACAGUGGGACCCUUGCUAACGUGGCCACCGUGGUGAAUCCUGUGGAACUGGUGGCCAUGGAGUCUGGCCUGACUUCUACCAUCCAGGCUGUCGAAGGCACUUCGGAGGACGGACAGACAAUCAUAGAAAUAGACCCAGCGCCUGAUCCAGAAGCCGAUCCUGAAGAAUCAGGGGGGAAAGCUGUGAUUUUGGGGACAGAAUUGAGGACUGAGGAGAAGGUGGUGGCUGAGGUUGAUGAACAUCAGCACCAGGUCCAUAAUGUGGAGAUCGUAGUCUUGGAGGACUAGUCAAACAAGCCAUCCUGCCUUGCUAAAUGAUUGUUCACCUCUUACCUUUUUUAUUGGUUUGAUCCCCUUUUUCUUUUUUUUCUUUUUACAGCCUUGUUGCAGGUAAGUUCACACGAAUGCUGGUGAUCAUUUUUAAGCAGUCAUUUUUCUCUAGUGGGGAAAGAGCAGGCAGGCUGCGGAUGUGUGUGGAUGAUGGUUUGUUGGGAAAAGGGAGAGGUCGGAACUUUUCCUGCCUAGUGAAAGGGGAAACAAGCCAUUGCUGUUAUUCCCUCGGGGAGGAGGGGUGGCAAGUCCGUAGACCCAGAUUUGAAGCGAUCCUUCUUGGAUUGUCCGUCUCAGAAACAAAGCCGGCUCCUGGAAAUGUAAUGACUGGAUGAGUAAUGACCUUAAAGCAAGAGCUUCCGUCUGGACCUUGAGCUCUUCUUCACCCUGGGAAGGGAGAUUCCAUGUCCAUUUCUGACUCUCCCAGCAUUUUGCAUUUUUGGAUGUGGCAGAAGAAAACAAAGCACUCUGAUUGAUCAGGUCACCAGCCCUUCUUUGGAAUGUACUGUGUUUUUUUUUGUUUUAAUAUUUUCCUUAAGCUAUUUGCCCAUUUGUGGCUUCAAAAAUUGGAUCCUUGGCUUUUCGUUUUUGUACUUUCUCCAGCAGUUUUUCUUUUCCCUCGGUUGUUACAAGACUUCUAGGAAAUGCUUAUGCUUUAUGCCCACGCAGGCACAUACAGGGAGAAACUAGGAACUGAUAACGGCAGAUGCGGCAGAUGCGGCACCCAACGACCACCCACUCUCGCAAGUACAGAACCGAUAACCUGGAUGUCUGUAUACGUGGCGGGAGAAUUGGGCUCAGCAAAUAGGGCAUGCCU